UCUACCACUGGACAUCAUUCAAGAUCUUCCUCACAUAACCGUCAUGUCUCCGUCCUCCCUCCUGCUGGUGUUGGUGGCUGUGGCCUGUGUCGUGGCAGAUAAAGUUCCCGACUUUGUCAUCAAGGGGAAAUGCCCCGUCGUAGAUGAAAAGAAACUGUGGGAAGAACAGAGACCUAAUCAUUCAAAGUUCGGAGGAACUUGGUACCAGUAUGCUAUCACCAACAAUCCCUACCAGCUUUUGGAUCAGUGCGUCAGACUUCAGUACGACUUUAAUGGCCAGAGCUUCGACGCCACAGCUACUGGUAUUACUGCUGACGGCAAGCUUCUGAAGAGAUUUGGAGAUAUCGCCCCUAUGCCCCUGGGAGACCCCCAUCUUAUGGUGGCCUUCGAGGAAUCAUUCGCCGCCCCCCUCGUCAUCCUGGAAACUGACUAUGACAACUACGCCUGCCUCUACUCCUGCAUGGACUACAACUUCGGCUAUUACUCCGACUUCUCCUUCAUCUUCACCCGCGACUCGACGCCCUCUGACGCCCACGUCAGAAAGUGCGAGGCCGCCUUCAAGAACAUCGGAAUCGACACCAGCCGGUUCUUUAAAACCAUCCAGGGAUCCAAUUGCCCCUACGAGACACAGAAGACUCUCUAAGAGAGAAGGAAUUUUUCGUUUCCCCAGCGCGUUUCUCUAGAAACAAAAAAAAUAUGAGAAGUGCAUCUCUUUCAAUCCCACUUCCUUCUUGACAGACUGAUAUAUGAACAUUAUUUUAAUAGAUUUUAAUAAAACGGAAAGAUUAAAAGAAAAAGAA